ACAAUUCCACUUGUCAUGGCACGGAAGGGGACGAGAAGUGCUGAUAAUUCGCGAACCGUGCCGGUAUUGUACCAUCUAUAAAUAUUUACCUCGUACACGGAUGGAACUCGAACGCAGCGGUAGAUAGUGUCCUGUUGCACUGUCGUGUUUGCACACUCCCGACGGAGCCCGACCUCAACACGCUCCAUCGAUAAAGCAACCCACGUGCCACCAGCAAAAAACCCUUUUGUGUGUGCGAAUAACCCGGUGGAAAACAUGGUGUGAAAAUUGGCGCCGCAUACAGCAAACACACACACAGAGACUGGUGGUAAUUUUCCGCUAGGGCUUUGGAAAAGAUUCAUACCGCCCGAUUGGUAGAGACCGGGCCGAUAACCAGCCGACCGACAGCAGCAGCAGCAACAACAACAUCUCCUUAUCGCCCUCAGAAAACCGGUGGGAAAGCCAACCAGUCCCAUUCAGGGCUAGUGUGCCUACGUCGAAUAUCCUUAUCAGUAGCGAGACGCGUGUGCAAGCAAACGGUCGCCGUGUCGAGAAACGGUCGUGGUAUCGCGUGGUAUCUAUCCCAGUACGGUUUUCAGUCUCCGAUUUUCCUACUCGGUGUGUGUGUGUGUAGUGUGUAUGUGUGUGCCUGCGUGCUGAUGCACUAGUUCUCGAACAUCGUCUCGCCCCGACAGAGCCAUGUAAUCUGUGGUGCACAGUGCAAUUUUCAAGGUUAAAGGAAGACACACAGCGUGUGUUUGUGUGCCGGAUUGCAUCGUACAGUUGGAUAUCCGUCGAAAUCCGUACCACUGGACUGGAGGAGUCCAAGUGAGACCAAGUAGUCAACAACGCAUGCGACUGGUUGUGUGAUUUGGUGUGCGCUUGUUUGUUCGAUUGUGGGACACUUGUAAGCCUGCUGUAAGAAAACAGCAAUCGAGAAGCGUACCACACAGCGGUUAACCACAAAUGUUCCACUUGAAUCAACUUUUGCGGAAUGUUUCAGGGAAACGUUCAAAUCGCAGCAAACCUUGCAUGCUGUACAGUGCACCCAGCAAACGAACCUCUUCUUGCAUGUGUUGUUUUCACAAGGCCUGCUAUUCUUAAGAUUCUAAUCCAUAAUUAGCAAUCUAAGGCAAGAAGAAUGCCUUAAGAAGAAUGGUUCAAAAAAACCGCAAUCAUUUGCAUUUGAAAAACAACGAAAAAAAAACGCUUGAAUCUUUUGAUCGGCUGACGUCUUCGGCGCUCACCGAUCUGGCAAAAUGUGGCGAGCACGUCAUCACCGUCGUGAAUGGCACAAUCUUAUCUGUUUCGAAUGUCGAGAAUUGCGUGUACUGCUGGGCCCCUUCUAUCACAUCGAACACACCCCAUUAAUAGCCACUAUAUUUGCCAGCAAAACAUUGCUCUCCCCCGGCCGAGGUAUUGAAGCAGAUUUGGCGAUAGAUAUUUACCCCCCAUCGAGAUUUAAUCCCACAACGCUCCGGAAUGCCGUGAGAGCGCAACAACGCCAUUUCGGUAGUAGCACGCAGGAAAAAUUGCGCCGCGUGCUAAUUGUGUCGAAGCUGACCCGGCUAGAGUUUGAAAAGAUCCGUGAAGAGCAGCUGGUGAGCGAUGAGUGUUUGGAGCAGAAGAUCCGCGACCGGGGCACCGAUUACGAUGCCAUCAAGUACUACCACCAUCUGCACAAAGAUGUCGAGCAGAAGGUGGUACGGUCGUUUCAGGAGCGCGGCAUCGAGGUGCAGGUAGUGAACCGCAUCACCAUACACAGGGAAGCGCUGCAGUGGGCCGACCUGAUCGUACCGAUCGGUGGCGAUGGUACGUUCCUGCUCGCAGCCGGCCGCGCAAGUCCAUUCUUUCUGUCGAACGGCAAGAAAACGCCGGUCGUUGGCUUCAAUUCGGAUCCACGUCGCUCGGAAGGACGGUUGAUGCUACCGAAGCAGUACUCGGCACAGGUCGAUGAAGCGAUCCAACGUAUUAUAGCGAAAGACUUCCGAUGGAUGCAUCGAUCCCGUAUCCGCACGACGCUGGUGGGAGCGGCCACAACCGAACGUCCAUCGCCGAUGGAUCUGCACGAGUUCCACUCGCAACCGGUCGAGCAUAAGGAGGUGAUGUCGACCGCACCGAACGGUAAAAGCCGCAUCCUGCCCUAUCUUGCCCUUAACGAGGUUUUUAUCGGUGAAAUGCUAUCGGCCCGCGUAUCGCAUCUCCAUCUCCGCAUCGACAGUUCCGAAAUUAUAACGAAAACGAAAAGUUCCGGCCUGUGCGUGAGUACCGGCACGGGAUCGACCUCCUGGCUGACGAGCAUGAACCGUCUGUCGACGAACAACGUGAAGGAUCUGCUGGAAAUCGUGCGGAAGCGGACGGCCGAGCGCGCCCUGGACAACAUCGAUCCCGAGUCCGUGUCUCAGGAGUACAACGAUAAUCUAGUGUUUGCGCCCGACGAUCCCCGGCUGUGCUACUCGAUACGGGAGCAGAUCUGUGUCGGUGUUUGGCCGAACCCGAAGGGUCUGGAGUCGCGCGGGUUCGCCAAACAGAUAUUCGUCAAAUCGCGCUGUGUCGAUGCAAGUCUCGUGAUAGAUGGUAGUAUUGCGUACAACUUCAACGAUGGUGCCCGUGCCUUGCUGGAAGUGUAUCCGGAGGACUCACUCCUGACGAUCGAUAUGGAUGACUGAGAUUGGGAGAGUGAGAGAGUGAGAGAGCGAGAGAGUGCGAACGAUUGCCGGAUACGAUCCGAUCUAUUUACCUGGUUUUUAUAUGUCUAUUUGUUAUUGGAGGUUGCGCUUUUUUUUACACACACACUCACUCACCGCCCAUCUCCAAGGAGGUGUCCUCCCCCCCCUCCACCAUUCACCUUCCUCUUUCUCAACCCCACCCCACGCUUGGCAAAAAUCAUCCUGUGUGUGUGUGUAAGUUAUUGCAAUUGAUGCACUUUACCGUACCGGUGCAGACGGUGCAUUUAUUUAUCGAUUCCCGUUCCCACGCGCCCCUGCCCGCCACCCUCAACGCUAGCAGUUACGAAUUACUCUGUAAGUAGAAAGUGUAAUAAAUAAUUUGGUAUCGCUUUUUUUUUAUACAUAUAAAUAACGUUUCCA